AUGUAGAAUUCCAUGUUGGAAGAUCUAAAAAAUAUAAUGAAAGAAGGUUGGCUGGAGAAAGAAUCAAGAGUGUUUAAAUCAUGGAGGAAACGAUGGUUUGUAUUAACUACUACUACCCUAUAUUCAUUUAAGGCAGAGAAAUAAUAUUCAAAUCCUACAGAAAUUAUUUAAUUGGCAACUGUUAGCACCAUUAAAAGCUGUUAGGAAGAAACUAAUAAGGAGAAUACAUUUAAAAUUGAUACUCCUGAUUAAACCUUUUACCUGCAAGCAAGUAAUAAUUAAGAGAAGGAAGCUUGGAUUGGAGCAGUUGGUAAAGCUAUGGUUAAAUUAAAUCUGAAAAAAAAAAGAAAUGAUGAUGAUGAUUGA